AUGCUGAGCGUGGAGAUGUACCCCAGUUUGGCUCUGGGACCUCAAAGGAUGGGAGACUGCUUUUACAGAGACCGGCAGGCAUCAGCUCACAUGCCGUUGUUCCCUCCCACCUGUGACGUGGCGGGAAAAGUCCUGACCCCGAGGCUUCUGGCCCCUCCACCAGUCCCCAACGACCAAACCACCAAAACUCCCAAAAAUGAUGUGAAGAUGGAGCUGGAGAAUGCGUCUUUAUGGAAACAGUUCAGCUCUGUGGGCACAGAGAUGAUCAUCACUAAGAAGGGCAGACGGAUGUUCCCCGGGCUGAGGUUAAAGCUCUCAGGCCUGAACCCGUCUCUCCGUUACAUCCUCCUCCUGGACAUCGUCCCGGUGGACAACUCCCGCUAUCGCUUCCAAGGUGGUGGCUGGCAGGCUGUUGGCGGGGCAGAGGCGAGGCUACCGGACCGGGUUUUCAUCCACCCAGACUCGCCUGCCACGGGUGCUCACUGGCAGGGCCGCACCAUCUCGUUUCACUACGCCAAGCUCACCAACAACACACUGGACUCACAGGGACAUAUAAUCCUGCACUCGCUGCAUCGCUACCAGCCCAGAAUUCAUGUGAUUGAAGCCAGAGACGUGCUGAGAUGGGGCGGAGGGCAACACUCCUUCGUUUUCCCUGAAACCCAGUUUCUCACAGUCACCGCCUACCAGAAUAACAAGAUCACAGAGCUGAAGAUCAGCUCCAACCCCUUCGCUAAAGGAUUCCGAGAUGACGGCAUGAACAGCAAAAAACAAAGAGAUGCAAGACAGAAGCGCAAAACAUCUGACAUGACAGACACCUUGGAUAUUGUGAACUGUGAUCCAUGCGACUCUACGGAGCUGCAGUCCAUAACCACCAGUUCAGACCUGCAGGCCCUCGCUCUGGCCUCGCUGCACCAACUUCCCAACCCCUCCUGUGGGUUCGGACCAGAGGGAGCCUCCUAUCAGGACACUCUGGUCCCGGAGCAUCCUCUAGAUCUCGGCCAGGCGUUCAUGGCAUCGCAGAUAUCUGAUAUCGGCAUCUCCAUGACCAAUGGGAUGCAGGACACACCAGGAAGUGACGUGGCAAAUCGUAUGAUUGAAAGAUCAGACACUCUUGGUGAACCAGCUUAUGCAUCCACCUUCUCCGCUACCGACUCCUCCUCUUUCCCCCCAGCUCCUCUUCCUCAGUCCUCCUCCUCCUUCCCCUCCCUCCCUGCCCCUGACUCUUCAGAUACGUCCAAUCAUCAGCCUAUCGACUACCCCAUUCUCUCCUCCUCCCCCACACUCUCCUCCUCCUCCACCUCCACCUCCACCACUCCCCUACUUCAGCAGACCUCCUUCACCUUCCCCACUCCACCUCCCUCCAACUCCUCCUCUCCUCAGUCAUUCCUGUCCACCUCCACCUCCUCCUCCCCGUCUGCCAACACCUAUCACACCAUCCCACAGUCAAUCAGCCCCCAUACACCUACAGACACCUCUUUUGCUGCCCCACCUCCAGCAUGUCAGUCCGGACUGCAGGACCAGAUAUCCGUUCACUCUCUGCUCACUGAACCCGGUCUUCCACUGCAGGGUGAACCUAUUACCAGCGGAAAUAAUUCAUCCACUGAUCAAAGCUCAGCAGCAUUUAUCUAUCCAAAUAUUCUUCCCGCAAAUCCCGAUCCUGCUCCAGUUGCCGCUCAGUAUCUCCACAACUACAGCCACCAUCAGGCUCCCGGCCUGUCGUGCUCUCUACCCGCUCAUGGCGCCCCCACAUCUUUUUCCUUCCCCUCCGUCCCCCCACACAUGCAGAAUCUGUCAUUUACCAAUGUGUCUCCCAACUCUGCCCACCAUACCUAUCACCUCCCAAAUCUCGGCCACCAAGCCCAGGCUUCAUCCCUGGCUGCUUCCUUCCCUCCCUCCUCCUUCACCCAUCCGUCCUCCUCCCUUCCUCACCACCACCCUCACCCUUCCUUCCAACCCUCUUCCUGCUUGGCUGUCUCCUCUUCUUUCCAGCAGUCUGUCUCCUCAGCUCCAUCAAUGCCCCAAACAGGGUAUCCUCAAAACCUGCCCAAUCCCUCCAACUCCUCGUAUCCUCCAGUUGAGAUAGGUGCCAUCCCACAGUUCAAUCCUGCUGCCCCCUAUCGCCCAGAGAUGGUACUGCACCACCCGUCUCUUUUCCCUCAGCUGGAUCCAUCACUUCCCUCCAGUCAUCCCUCCUCCACCCCUCCCCAAGCCCUCUACCCUGCCUUCCCAUCCUACCCUCUCCGGCUUUGUCAGGACCCUCACCCAUCCCUCUCCAUCCCAUUCAGGCAUCUGUACAGACAACACCAGCAUGGACACGCCCACCCCCAGGGGCCCUACCUGGAUAUGAGCUCAAGAGCUGUGUUUUAA